CCGCAGUCUGGAUGUAGUGGGCAAGAUUCGCCGUGAGAUCCAGAACCUCAAGCUUUUCAGGCACCCCCACAUAAUUAAGCUUCUGUUCAUCUCGUCUGAACCCUUCUUUCUCAACAGAGGAAAUGGGGAUCCUGUCUUUCAUGACCUGAAAUAACUUGGGGUACCAGGUGAUCUGCACACCGACAGACAUAUUUAUGGUUAUGGAGUAUGUGUCUGGGGGAGAGCUCUUUGAUUACAUUUGCAAAAAUGGAAAGCUCGAUGAAAAGGAGAGCCGACGUCUGUUCCAGCAGAUUAUUUCAGCAGUGGACUACUGUCACAGACACAUGGUGGUACACCGAGACCUCAAGCCGGAGAACGUCCUCCUGGAUGCUCACAUGAACGCUAAAAUCGCCGACUUCGGAUUGUCAAAUAUGAUGUCAGAUGGGGAGUUUUUGCGGACCAGUUGUGGAUCCCCUAAUUACGCAGCUCCUGAAGUCAUUUCGGGGAGGCUGUAUGCAGGACCUGAGGUGGAUAUCUGGAGCAGUGGAGUGAUCCUGUAUGCACUACUGUGCGGGACGCUGCCCUUCGAUGAUGACCACGUGCCAACGCUCUUCAAGAAGAUCUGUGAUGGCAUCUUCUUCACCCCACAGUACUUGAACCCUUCAGUUAUCAGCCUUCUUAAACACAUGCUGCAGGUGGACCCCAUGAAGAGAGCCACCAUUAAAGAGAUCCGGGAGGAUGACUGGUUUAAACAGGACCUGCCCAAGUAUCUAUUUCCAGAGGAUGCUUCUUACAGUACCACCAUGAUUGAUGAUGAAGCACUGAAGGAGGUGUGUGAGAAGUUUGAGUGCACAGAGGAGGAGGUGCUCAACUGCCUUUACAGUCGAAAAAACCAGGACCCUCUUGCAGUUGCCUACCAUCUGAUCAUAGAUAACCGGCGCAUUAUGAGUGAAGCCAAGGACUUCUAUCUGGCCACAAGUCCCCCGGACUCCUUCCUUGAUGAUCUGCCCGCUCACCACUUUACCAAGCCUCAUCCGGAGCGAGUCCCAUUCCUGGUGGCUGAAGCUCAACCACCACGCCCCCGACAUACUCUGGAUGAACUCAAUCCCCAGAAGUCCAAGCACCUGGGUGUCCGCCGUGCUAAGUGGCACUUGGGCAUCCGCAGCCAGAGCAGGCCGAAUGAUAUCAUGAGCGAGGUGUGCCGGGCCAUGAAGCAGCUCGAUUAUGAGUGGAAGGUUGUUAAUCCCUAUUAUCUACGUGUGCGGAGGAAGAACCCAGUUACAGGCCUGCAAACCAAAAUGAGCCUGCAGCUUUACCAAGUGGACAGCAGGACCUAUCUACUGGACUUCAGGAGCAUAGAUGAUGAUAUUUUGGAGACGAAGUCUGGUACUGCUACACCGCAUCGCUCUGGCUCAGUUGGUAACUACCGGACUACCCUGAAGAACGAUAAGAGCGAGAGGAACGGAUCGGAGGAGGGGAUAAAGGGCGAAGGCUCAGCCCCCUCCACACCCCCAGUGGGUGGGGCUAAGCAAGCCGAGGGCUCCCUCGCUUCUUCGCUGACCUCCUCAGUUGACUCAGCAGGAGGAGACACAUACCCGCGGCCUGGCAGUCAUACCAUCGAGUUCUUCGAGAUGUGUGCUAACCUCAUCAAGCUGCUGGCACGAUAACUUGCCGUUGCUCUCGUACCUUUUCUCUCACUCUCCACUUUGUCUAUCUGCUCCUCUCUUGCUUCUUGGACUUUCUACCUCUUUUGUCUUUCCAUCUCCAACAGACUCAAAUUCAUUCUCUCUCUCUCUCUCUCUCUCUCUCUCUCUCUCUCUCUGAGUGUCUUUAGAGCAAUAAGCAUGCAAGCAGAUAUCUCACGGCUCCAUGAAUCCCACACGCACAACCAAGCUGACUGGUCUGUGGUGCUACUACGAUCAGUUUGUUUGGUGGAUGACGAAGUGAAGGUAGAGCUGAGGCUCUUGAGAAAGGGAAUGCCACAGGCAAGAAGUCCAAAAGAUUGUCUAGCCACUUUAUCACUUUAUACUAACUAUAGAAUAUUCUUUUAGAGCUGGUUUUACAAUUGUUUAUUGAUGGGCUUGUUGGCCCGUGGUUGAGGUGUUGAAAGGUCUGCACGUUGAAUUGUUAUACACUGAGUUAGCUGUACUGUAUAUAACGGCACCAGAGAGAGAGAGAGAAAGCGCGAAUGAUGCACUUUUGCACAGGUUUUUCUUCACAUUCUUCAGCUGGUCAAUGUUAUAAAAGAAGCAAGUAAUUCCAGGAAGGGGCCAUCAUAAUGAAUGAACAUAUAACGACAAGGGCCAACUUUGAUCAAGUGGGUAGUGGGUAAUGUAGAGGGGUUCACUGAGUGGGCCAGUUUUAACUUGUUCAUUCUGAGGAAGUGCAAUGACCCUUCCUCUAACCAUUUUCAUAGAUACAAAAAAACAUUUUUUUGAUGUAAACUUCAUUGAGUUUUAAGAUUAAGUUUUGAUUCUUUUUCCUUCGUGUCAUAUUAGACUUCUUUGCGUUGCUCACAUUUUACACUUAUACAAGUAUAUACAGAAUAAAAAAGGCAUUUGGAUAUAUAUUUGAGUGCUCUGUAGGAUGGUAUUUUAUAUUGAAAUGACAAUGGACUGAAAGAUUUCUUUUAACAGGCGGUUGUUGAUUAUAUUGUUUUGUGAUGUUUUAUUCCAUACACUGCUUCAUCCAGUUUAAAAACUUUUAGUUGUAGAUGUUUUACAAAAAUUAUAGCUGCUUGAAAAAUGAUUACAUGCGAAAUUGACCGAAUUCAGUUUGUACUUUCAGCAGAAGACAACCAGAGACUAAAAUAUGCAUUAAAGAGGAAAUUGACAGAAAAUGUUCUUUGAGGAAUUGAAUGAACAACUGAUCUGACUACUUUGUUAAAAGUAUUGGUACAGAAUUGAAAAUCAAAUACCCACGAGCUAUUUCAGCCAGAUCCAUCAGCAAAAAACUCAAAGGGAAAACCUAGAAAUGAUAGACUGGUGUACUUGCAUCCCAGAAUUAGUCAGUUGCUGGUGGGAGAGCCAUGCUGAAUCUAGUACGUAUACAAAGCCAGAACGAAAGUAUCUUUUGCAUUACUGAUUUAACCAUAACUGAGUAGCGUAAGCAGCUAUGGUCUGUAUUUAUUUGUAUGUAACAGUGCAAAUAUAGAUUUUGGUGUUUUAAAAUUGGAGAAAGCACAUUCUGCGUGUCUGUUCUUGCUGAAGUGCCCUAAUGAUAAGUAAAUAAAAUGUAUAUUUAAAAAAAUGUACAUAGAGUUUGGGCCUAUAGUUUUCAAAAAUUGAGUAUUUUGUGAUGAUUCCUGAUCAUCUUGUGCUCUGUUGUCUGAUCAUUAAACUUAUUUUCCAAGAUCUAGUAAUUCACAAGUUUUACAGUCCUUCAGACUCAGAACAGUAUCAUUAAAAUAUUAUGCCAUAAAAAAGUGGUAUUUAUUAUCUUUGUAGGUUUUUGCUCAAACUAUUAUACCUCAUUUCAGACUUUCUCCAUUUGUAAAGCAGUAUAAUGCAGUAUGGACCACCAUAUGUCCCAGCCUUAGGAAUAUCUGAAAAGUCUAAAAUCUUCUAAACCCCAAUAUAUAAUCCAUAACAAGGCCUAUAUAAAGUAUCCAUAUUUAAAUUUAUUAAAAUCAGGCACAAUAUUGGUUUUUUUUUCCUGUCUCAAAGGUGUAAUUACACAUGUAUUUUGUUAAUCAGUUGUCUGAAAGGAUGUUUAACGUAUUCCAUAUUGGCUUUUAUCAUUAUUUUGAUUUUAAUACUUUUGACCUUUUAAAAAGCAUCUCUGUCCCAGUGGAUCUGUAUUUCAGUCUUGACAUGAAAGCACCUUAUGGUGGUUACACACAUUGCUACACUGAAUAUUUGUGCUGAGGUGUCACUAUAAUCACUAUUAUUGGGUUCAUUGUCCCAAGGCUUAAAAAGUUGCAUGAUCCCGAAGAUAUAACGUCGAAUGAUGACACUUCAUUUUUUUUUUUUUAAUUUUGUCAUUUUUCUUUACUUAUUUCCAUUUUAUAUGAACCUCCUGUACUGAAAAUUGGUCAUGGAAAGAAAAAAAAAAAAGACCAUGAUCUGCAGCCAUAUAAGAAAAACAGAAAACAAACCUGUCAGAUUUUAUUUUGGUGAUUUAUAAUGUCAAACAAUUCAUCCUUGUUUUUGUAAAGAGAGAAUCAUAGUGUCUGGGGACUGUGUUAUGAUUUCUGAUGUAGCAGAUUUUUCCACAUGCUGUGUUUUUGUCUACUGCAGUACUCAGGUGGGGAACAUCUGGUGGCUUUGUCUUAACUGUUUCAAAGACACUGUUAAAAAAUAAGAUUGUGAAACGUGAGGUUGGCCAGUGUCAAAUUCCUGAUUGUGUUUAAAGGACAUUUUCCAUUCAAUUGCCUAAUAAAGUCCUAAAUGGCA